UUCCCUCCCCCAUGUGGAGAGAGAGUAGCCUGGAGCCCCAACCAUUCUGCCGAAGGCCACCAGAGAACUGGUCUCUCCUGACAGCCUUGUCCCUCCGAGAGUAAAGGUUGCUUCUUUGAUAGGUAGCUUGUGACCAGGGAGUGAACCCUCAGGGGUCUUGGGCUGUCACAGGAUCUCCAGAAAGCUAUGCAGAAUCUUAAGCCAUGAAGGACUAUUCCGAUGUCAUCCUCCGUCCAGAGGCAACUGAGCUGAGCAAGACAGAGUUCUGCAAUCCUGCUUUCGAUCCUGAAGCAGGGCCUUCUUGCCCUCCACCAGCCUUACAGAAAGAUGCCAGUAGAAGCCUCGAAGCUCCCUGGCAUGCCCAGCGUCUCCGGGGGCUACAGCCGGAUUGUCAUUUCUCCUGGCUCUGUAUCCUGCUGCUCAGUGGUCUGCUGGUCCUGCUCCUGGGGCUGCUGGUGGCUGUCAUCCUGGCUCAGUUCCAGGCUACAUCCCUCCCCAGGACAACUGAGAGCCCACUGCCUGCCCGAGGCCUCACCCCCAAGGGUAGCAUUCCUAGCUCUACUCCUAACACCAGCACCAGCACCAGCACCACCACCACCACCACCACCACCACCACCACCACCUCUCCAGCAGCCCUGAGCCCUACACACCAGACCACCUGCGGAGGCCUCCUUCCUGGUCCAAGGGGUUUCUUCAGCAGCCCCAACUACCCAGACCUUUACCCACCCCAUAGCCACUGUGUCUGGCACAUCCAGGUAGCCGCAGGCCAGACAAUACAGCUCAAGAUUCAAGCCCUCAGCAUAGAAGGUGUGCUCUCCUGUCUUUUUGAUCGCUUGGAAAUUAGCCCAGAGCCUUCAGGUCCACUCCUCAGGGUGUGUGGUAAAACGCCUCCAGCCACGCUGAACACCAACACCAGCCACCUCCGUGUGUCCUUCGUCUCUGAUGACGACGUCGAAGGGUCUGGUUUCCAGGCCUGGUACCAAGCUGUGGCCCCUGGGCACUGGAGCUGUGCCCAUAAUGAGUUCCGCUGUGACCUGCUCCUCUGCCUGAAGCGUGACUUAGUGUGUGAUGGCAUUGCCAACUGUGACGAUGGCAGCGAUGAGGCCAAUUGCAGCGCCGAGACCUUCGGGUGUGGAGGGAAUCUGACUGGGCUCCACGGGGUAUUCUCUACUCCCAACUACCCACAGCACUACCCUCACCAACAGCUUUGCACCUGGUACAUCUCAGUGCCCAUGGGAUACGGCAUAAGACUACAGUUCCACAACUUCAGCCUGGAAGCACAGGCCGAGUGCAAGUUUGACUACGUGGAAGUGUAUGAGACCAGCAGUUCCGGGGCCUUCAGCUUCCUGGGCAGGUUCUGCGGCACAGAGCCACCGCCCCACCUCAUCUCCUCACAGCACCAGCUGGCUGUGAUCUUUAAGACGGAUCUUGGUAUCAGCAGCGGGGGCUUCUUAGCCACCUACCAGGCCACCAAUGCGACAGAGAACCCUUGUGGGCCCAGAGAGUUCUGCCGGCACGGAGGAUGUAGGGAUCUGCAGUGGAUGUGUGACUUAUGGAGAGACUGUGGGGAUGGCAGCAGUGACAACUGCAGCAGUGACUUGUUCCUACAGCCAGACCUGGCCUGUGAACCUGUCCAAGUGGAGAUGUGCCUCGGACUAAGCUACAGUACCACAGCUUUCCCCAACAUCUGGGUGGGCCUGGCCACCCAGGAGGAGGUGGUAGACAUCGUCCGAGGCUACAAGAGUCUGACAAGUCUACCCUGCUACCAGAAUUUCCGGAGGCUCCUUUGCGGGCUGCUUGUACCUCACUGCACCCCACUGGGCACUAUCCUGCCCCCUUGCCGCUCUGUCUGCCAGGAGGCAGAACAACAGUGCCAGUCUAGCCUGGCACUACUGGGCACCCCCUGGCCCUUCAACUGUAACAGGCUUCCUGAGGCGGCUAGCCUGGAUGCUUGUUCCCAGCCCUGACAGGACGCCAGCCCUACCCUGUCUGCCUAUCCUCCUCUACCCAUAUGAGUGGGCAGGGCACCCUCUGUCUGCCCAUCCUCCUCUACCCAUAUGAGUGGGCAGGGCAGGUAGAAAACAAAGGGAAGAGUGACCAGGCACGGGACUCUGCCCAUCCUCUGGUGCUUCCCAAGGAGAAGGACCAGUUCCAACUCGGAUCCUGCCCAGAGCUAAUGGGACUACCCUACCUUCCUUCCCUGCACCUUCCCUGCACUCUUAUUUGCCACGACAGCCCCAGGCAGUGGCCGGGCCCCAUAUUGUGCCAUUGGACAGACUAGAGACUUCCUACCCGAGUCUUUGACCCUGAUUCCUAUCUUCGGCCUCCCCCUUUCCAUUUGAGUAUGUAAGAUCAGUCACCAGACCUUCAGCUUUUCCGUUUAGUCAGCAAAACUGUAUUGAGUGCCUACCGGUGUGGUGGGACCCUAUCCUACCCCUGGGGGUCCAACUGGCUCUCUGCUUUUGGAAUUCUUCACCCUGGGCUCUGCUGAUCCCGUUCUCCACCCUCCACCCCACCCCCACACACUAGCCCUGACCUUGGUCUCUAUCACUGCCCCAUCCCUCCCUCCCUCCAGCUCCUGGGAACUGAAGCCCCAAGAA